UAACAAUUGGUAAAUUCUGAAUCUCUUUAUAUAAGAGUGCUUCGUCGUCAAAAUUAGUAAACGCACAAGAGAAGGACGGAGGGUGACAUAGUCCAGAAAAUGAAAUAAGACUCCAUAGAACUUUGCAAAGCGAUCUUUAUCUUCUAAAAAUUCAUACACAUGAGCUAACCAGUUCAACAAUUUCUCUUGGUAUGCAUAUGCAUAACGGACUCCAUAAGGAUCCAAACAGCCUAAAAUUUUGACGGCUAUGGAGUGCGAUAUUAACUGCUUCGGAUACAAGCUUUUUAUAAUAAUCGUCAGUUGGCUUUUAUCGAAUUUCGUGUGAAAAGACAAAGCUACGUUCAGCAAUGACUCAAUUGCUUCGUUUGUCAAGCCUUCCUGUGAAGCCAAACCUUGGAACUGUCGUAAACGACUAGAAACAACUUUCUUAGAACCUACAGGAGCCUCAGAAGCCCUAUUUAUCCAUUCAAUCCCAUCUUGUAAAUCAUAAAACCCAUGACUUUGAUUUUCAGUCAUGAAGGAACAGAAAGGUAGUACACAUUACUAUCCCGGCCUGCACAAACCCAAAUAGACCAUAAAUUUGCUACUUUUCUUCCAGUUAAAAAACAAAGCGGUAAACAGAGUGUACAUUGAAUCACGAAUAUUUAGUCUCUGUGAGAACGAUCUACUUCAGUUGGUGCUACAACUACUUAUGUAUGUUCCCAUAUCUUCUACUUUUAUACCAUUCAUAACGUUAUGUCGCUCUGUCGUUCUUUACCUUAACAGAAUUGAAUACACCAAAUAUAUACUAAUCUCGCAGUACUAGACAACUAUUUACCUUCUUGAGUAUCACAUUUAUAAUUUUACAUAAGAUAUAAAAAGAUGAAAGUUUUUUUGAUUCGCCAUGGUCAAACGGAGCAAAACAAAGUCGGAAUCUUGCAAGGAUCUGCUGACACAAGUUUGAAUGAAACUGGUCAACUUCAAGCGCAAUUAUUGGGCCGCAGACUUUCGACUCUAGGAAUCGAUCAAAUUUUCUGCAGCUCAAUGAGCCGUUGCCGAGAGACUAUUGCCCCUUUACUUGAAUUACGGCCGGAAAUUCCUAUUGAAUAUUCAGAUUUAAUCAGAGAAAGAAUCUAUGGAGAAUUGGAAGGAAUGAACGUGGUUGAAGCAAAACGCCUGAUGGGUACUAAGCACCCUGAUCAUUACGGAGAAGGUUUUUCAAGUUUAAUGCAAAGACUUGUUAAAUUUUGGGACGAGCACGUUGUUCCUUUAUCUGAAAAAAAGAAAUUUGUGGUUGUCCUUUGUCAUGGAGGUGUAAUCAAUGCUCUUCGUGCUCAUUUUAUGGAAGAAAAGGGUUAUACCUAUGAUCGUACCAAAUUGGAAAAGAAAAUUCUUACUGUCAACACUAGCAUUACGGAAGUCGAAGUUACUUCUGAAGGUACAGGACAUAUUUAUACUUUUGGAGAUGCUGCUCAUCUAGAAUCAGAGGAACACGGUCGUCUCAUCGCAUAAAGUUAUCAUCUCUUAACUUUUUUUAUUAUACCUGACGAUUUAAUUCACUAAGGAUUUUAUCAAAAAUUAGAGUCGAUUCAUUUUGUCUAGAAAUUAAGCGUUCGUAAAUCGUUUAUAUAAAGCAGAAAAUCCGUGAGGUGUUUAGAGUCAGACGCGUCGUCAUAUGAUGCUAAAAAAAAGUGAUAUAAACACAUGAAAUAAGAAAUAUUCA